AUGUCGUUUCAUUCCAGCCUCCCCAUUGCGUUCUCGAGGGUGGCUGUGAAUAUUUUAGGGACACCACAGUUGUCGAAGGCCUCCAUAACUCCUUCUGUCUCAAAUGAGUCAAAAGCCUUCUUUAAGUCGACAAAGCUGAUAGAUAGCGACAUUUUGUACUCUCGCGAUAAUUCGAGGAAAGAAGAGGCAGAAGCAGCAGAAACGACUCCAUCGGAACCACCCAAGAUGCCACGAGGAACCGAGGGUAAGGUUUCGGAGUCACAGCCCGAGAACUUUCUUGCAGCAAUGGUUGAACAAAUGCGGAUUCAACAUGAAGAAAUGAAAACGCUGCUCACCGCCGUGGCACCCAUGCAGAGAACCACCGCUGAAUAA